AUGGCGGAAGCCUUCGGCAUUGUCGUCAGCGCCUUCACUGUCGUCGAGAUUGCCGGCAAGCUUGGUUCUAGCGCAAUUAAGCUCAAGAAGCUUUGGAACGAAGCCCAGAAUGUGCCCCACGAGAUCAGCCAGCUUGUCGAACAGGUUGACAUCCUCAACACUAUUCUUGCAGAUAUGGACAGGGAGCUCAGUCAGGCGAGCGCGCCGAGCAUUGGCACUUCAGAUGCCAGUCUGAAGUGUUGUCAGCAAGUGGUGAACGAGUUGGAGAUACUGGCGACGGACCUACAACAGCAAAUUCUUACCGCGAAGAAGUCACGGAGGAGCAUAACCAAGCUCAGGGUUACUCUUAAAAGGGACUUGGUCCAGACUUGUCAGCAAAAGCUACAGUUUGCCCUGCAAAUGGCACUAUUAUCACAGAAUACGAGGAUCUUCCGACAUGUGCAACUGACAGAGGAGCCGGGCUACAAUAGCGAAGCUUCUAUCGUGAAAGCAGCCAGGAUAGAGCCACACCACAACACACGGUCUUCCCUCUUCGGCGGCUUUACCAGUCGGACUGUUCCGCACUUCAAGUAUCAUGGCGUUCAAGUAUACCAGGCACGAUUACAUUUACCUUGGUGGAUGUCAGCGAGGCUCUGGGAUAUUCAGACAUACCGAGCGCAUGCUGGAUGGAAGUUCUCACUGAGAGCUUGGACAGUCCGACCUUACAAUACUCCCAUAUUCUACUACAUAAGACGUGGAGACUGGAUACUCGCUCGGCAGGAAAUCGAGGAGCAUCGGGCAUCUUUAUUCGACCGUACUGAGGAGGGGUGGACUCUGCUACAUGUACGUGCAUCUACGUUGAUACGACUUAUAACAAUGAUGCUGACGCAGCCUCAGUUUGCAAUCAACUGGGAGCAGCUUAAUCUCAUUCAUCAUUUGCUUGAAAUGGGCUUACAAUUCAACGACAUGUGUGGUCAAAAUCAUCAUCUUCUCCCCUAUGCAUGCAUGGCUCAUGCUUUGAAUGAUACAUUGGAACUCUUCAAGAUUUGGGUCCAUGUCGCUCUCGAUGACUGCUUGGAAGAUUAUUUUGUCCCAGAGGAAACGACCGAUAACCUCUACGCCAUUUCAAGCUUUCUGUGGCAGGCUCCCGAAGCUCAUCAAUACGUGACGAGAAGCCUGGCGACGACAUAUUAUCAGCUCCCGUUGAAAGCCCGCUUUGCUCAUCUAAACUGGUCUCAGAUCAACCCACGGAUUCUACUAGACGAUAUACAGCACGAUGAAGGUAUCAAACCCGCAGACUUCAAUGAGAUCCUCGACACAUCGUUAGGCAGCUCUCUAGAACACUUCGCCGCGUCAUACUCAAGUGAUCUAACGGUAGAGUCUUACUAUGAGGCAUCUGGCUGGAGAGAACUUGCGCGGUGGGUUCUUCAAGGCGUGUCCUCUCAAAGGCUAAGCAUGCACAUGUCUUUUGAUGCCGCCGAGGAGAAACCCCUUUAUCACACGCCAUGCUUUUCUGGACUUUUUUCAACCUAUUGCUAUCUUUCAGAAUGCAAACGCAAAACCUCCUCCUUUUUACGAAUGUGGCUAGAAGACGUCCAGAUCUCGGGGCAUGACCUUGAGGAAUACGGCCGACGAGAGAUGGAGUAUUUCAAGUGCGAGGCGCGGCUGCGAGAAGAACGUUUGAUUCUAGAGUAUGACGAAAGCUCGUAUGGUACUGGAAUGCGACUGGUAUCUUUUACGUAUGGGCGCGAGCCUGGAGACUGGGACCUAAUCUGGAGUCUGGAGGCCGAGGAAUACGCUGGCGAGUUUUGGGAUCUGAUCGAGAAUCCGCCUUUACGAAUCCCAGGAGCGUGGGUAGACGAGGAUUGA